AGCUGCUACCUACUCGUAAUCUCUCUACUAUAUAUACAUCACGCGACCAAUGUGUUAUGCAAAUCAAGUCUCACGCACAGCGCAACUUGCUAGCCUGUUAAUCAUCGAAUAUCAUCGGCCGUACGUCCAUCAGCUGGGAGAAGACCGUCCAUUAAUCGGUAGUAGGAGCUUGUGGAGGAGGCAGCGCGGCCGACGCUGCUACAACGCUCCUCUUCAUCACCCGCUUCCAUGCCGAGGAGCUUGCUGCCCCAGCCAUGGCGAUGGUGAGGGGUUGGGAAGUGUUAAGAGGGGGGAUUACAAGGGGCUUUCUGUAAAAAAAAGAGCAACGACGACGGCCUCUAAGUUGACAUGGCAUGGGUCAACGCGUCACGCAAGCAGUGCGACGACGAUGAGCUCCUCGGACGACGUCGCCGGUGGGUGCAAGAAGACUUCGUGGCCGGAGGUGGUCGGGCUGACCAUCAAGGAGGCCAAGGAGAUCAUCAUCAAGGACAAGCCUGACGCCGACAUCGUCGUCGUGCCGGUUGGUUCGGCGGUGACCGAAGACUUCAGGCCCAACCGCGUCCGCAUCUUCGUCGGCACUGUCGCCGAGAUCCCCCACGUUGGCUAGUUGGAUUGCCUUUGCUUGCUGUGGCCGGCAUAGAUGCUGGCUCAUAAAUAAAUCAAUAAUGGAGGAAUAAAAAUGUAUGGAAGUCAUAUGUUUGAUCAUUCAGUAAUCUACAGGUUUGUGUGAACUGUGAAGUUCCGUCCAUAGCUGAUUGAGAAAAACUUAUAUCUGUA